AUGCCGCCUACAUCCUACGCUGCUCCACAGCCUCCGAGUGAAGAGGGGGAGAAGCCAGUCACAGUCUUAGUUACGGGCUUUGGACCCUUUCUAGAGAAGUUCCCAAAGAACUCUUCUUGGGAGAUUGCGUCUACACUUCCGGCCCUGAUACCAAAAUCACCCAAGAACCAAACGCCGAUAAACAUACACGUUCACUACGAGCCUAUCCGCGUGGCAUACAAUAAUGUCGUCAAUCUCGUUCCCGAGCUCCUUCCACCAGCCAACCCUCUCUACCCUCCUCCAGAUGUCGUGCUGCACAUCGGCCUAGCAGCUGGACGGAAAUACUUCGCCAUCGAGCAAGGGUCUCAAGGGCGUGGAUAUGGGAAGAUUCCUGACGUAGAUGGCCAACGAUUCAACGAUUCUGAAAUGGAAAAGCACUUCCCAUCUUCAAAGUAUCCGCCCAAACUGAACACUAGCUUUGAUACAUCCGAGGUCCUCGCGCACUGGAAAGCCAAUCUGGGGUACACAUCUGUUGAUGGCACUACGACCGACGAAGGAUGCCCCGACGUACGGAUUAGUAACGAUGCUGGAAACUUCUUGUGUGGCUUCAUCUACUACAACAGCCUAGCGCACUACUUCGGUAUCAAGCAAGACGAGAGGCCUGUCGUGUUCCUCCACGUACCCGAUCUAAGUGAUAGUGCGGACAAGCUGAGAGAAGGAUGGGAAGCUACAGUCGCGCUAAUUAAGGCCUUGGUCCAAAGUAGACGGAAAGUGGGUGGCAGGGUCGUUGACGGAGAUAAGAAGAAUGAAAAACGGGAGAAUGGCACCGAAGGAACGCACACGGAUAACAACUUUGCAUAG